AUGGUUGCUUUUUCUUGUUGUAUAUAUGAUGGUGGCAAGAAAGAAAAACGUGACAUGGAUGCUGCAAGGGAGAGAGAGGUUGGAAGGGGAAAUUUACGAAACCUGGUAGAGUUAUUCGUCCUGGAGCUAUCAGAAUCAAUGGAAAAAUGUCCUUUAACCCCUUUAGAGGUUGGCUUGAUGCUUAGAGGAAUGGGGUUUGAUAAAAGCACAUCCAUUUAUUUAGCAUCUGGACAGAUAUACGACUCUGAGAGAUAUAUGGCUCCACUAUUUGAAAUGUUUCCCCAGCUACAAACAAAAGAGAUGCUGGCAUCUGCUGAGGAACUAGCUCCAUUUCAGGUUUUUGAAUGCGUUAUGGCUUUCUUUGAAUUUUGCCACAUUUCAGAGGCUGCUGUAUCUAAGAAGCAGUGA